CUUUCUCGAAACCGCAAAUAAACCGCUCCCGGAUUCGAUAGGGUCAAGCGCCGUGACCGUGGCGUUCGCUCAACGGUAAGCGCUAGCUCCGUCGAGAGAAAAGGAGGCAGGAAAAGAUGGAGGGACGGACAGAGAGAGAGGGAAGGAGGCUUUUGGAGUGAUAAAUGGCUCUCCAACCUGAACGUCCUCUCCAACAUCCUUAAUUUGGGCUUUAGGGUUACGAUUAUUUGAUUUUAUAGAAGCUUUUCAACCGACUGCCCAUCCUGUAGUUGAUAUCCCCUCGCUCUAGCAUUUGGUUUUUGUUGGCAGUUUCUCACAAUUGAUCUAAGGGUUUUGAGAUUGAGCGGAAUAUAGACUGCGAGUGCGUUUCCUCGCCGAUCUCCUCUUGAUAUUGUUCUCAGGCGGAUUCCUUCCUUGGCUGCUGAAUGGCGGACGCGCUGUCUAUAAUUCCGACAUCGGUUCUCAGGAACCUUGCAGAUAAACUCUACGAGAAGAGAAAGAAUGCGGCUCUCGAGAUCGAAGGUAUCGUGAAACAACUAACGAUAGCUGGAGAGCAUGAGAAGAUAUCCUCUGUGAUCAGCCUGUUGGUCACCGACUUUACUUACUCUCCGCAGCCAAACCAUAGGAAGGGAGGGUUAAUUGGGCUUGCUGCAGUUACAGUAGGUUUGACAACAGAUGCUGCUCCGCAUCUUGAGCAAAUUGUGCCACCCGUACUUGACUCCUUUCUUGACCAAGACAGCAGAGUUCGGUAUUAUGCAUGUGAGGCACUAUACAACAUAGCAAAGGUUGUUAGAGGAGAUUUCAUUGUUUAUUUCAACCAGAUUUUUGAUGCCCUUUGUAAGCUUUCAGCAGACUCGGAUGCCACCGUGCAGAGUGCUACCCACCUACUAGAUCGACUAGUAAAGGAUAUCGUUACUGAGAGCGAUCAAUUCAGCAUAGAAGAAUUUAUACCAUUGUUACGAGAACGGAUGCAUGUAUUAAGCCCCUACGUUCGACAGUUUUUGGUAGGAUGGAUCACUGUGCUGGAUAGUGUUCCAGAUAUUGAUAUGCUUGGUUUCCUUCCAGAUUUUCUUGAUGGCCUCUUCAACAUGCUAAGUGAUUCCAGCCAUGAAAUACGCCAACAAGCUGAUUCUGCACUCUCAGAAUUUCUACAAGAAAUAAAGAACUCUCCAAAUGUAGAUUAUGGCCGCAUGGCAGAAAUAUUAGUACAGAGGGCUACUUCUACAGAUGAGUUUACUAGGUUAACAUCUAUCACCUGGAUAAACGAGUUUGUUAAACUUGGUGGAGACCAGCUUGUUCCACACUAUGCAGAUAUUCUUGGAGCCAUAUUACCUUGCAUAUCAGACGAAGAAGAGAAGAUAAGAGUGGUUGCUCGUGAAACUAAUGAAGAACUUCGUGCCAUUCAUGCUGAACCAGCGGAGGGAUUCGAUAUAGCAGCAAUCCUUUCGAUUGCAAGGAGACAAUUAACAAGCCAAUGGGAAGCCACAAGAUUGGAAGCCCUUCAUUGGAUUGAAACACUGCUGACCCGUCAUCGAUCUGAGGUCAUUACGUACUUGAACGACAUAUUUAAUUCCCUUUUGAAGGCGUUAUCAGAUCCUUCCGAUGAGGUUGUUCUUCUUGUGCUAGAGGUUCAUGCACGCAUAGCAAAAGAUAUGCAACACUUCCGUCAUCUUGUUGUUUUUUUGAUUCAUAGAUUUCACUCUGACCACAUGCUUCUGGAGAAACGUGGUGCUUUGAUAGUUCGUCGACUAUCCGUUCUUUUGGGUGCUGAAAGAGUUUACCGGGAAUUUUCGACAAUCCUAGAGGGUGAAGAAGAUCUGGAAUUUGCAUCAAUCAUGGUUCAGGCACUUAAUUUGAUUCUACUCACUUCAUCUGAACUGGCUAAUCUUAGAGAACUCCUCAAGCAAUCAUUAAUUAAUCCUUCUGGCAAAGAUUUAUUUAUCUCUCUAUAUUCUUCAUGGUGUCAUUCACCAAUGGCAAUAUUAAGCCUGUGUUUGCUUGCUCAGGCCUAUCAUCAUGCUAGUGAUGUAAUUAAGUCACUGGGGGAGGACGACAUCAAUGUAAAGUUCUUGAUGCAAUUGGACAAGCUGAUUCGCUUACUUGAGACUCCAGUAUUUGCAUACUUGAGAUUGCAGCUUUUGUACCCUGACAAGUAUCCAUGGUUGAUCAUUGUGCUAUAUGGUCUUUUAUUGUUGCUGCCCCAGCAAAGUGCGGCAUUCAAGAUGUUAAAAACUAGACUAAAACCUAUGCGCCCACAUGAUGUCAUGGCUGACCAAGGAACAUGCACAUCUUCAGGGAGUCCCCAUGCACAAAGUAUACAGAUGCCAGAUGGCAGUAACCAUGACAUGGACAAUGCGCAUAACCACAUCAACUUUGCAUCUAGGCUGCAACAGUUUCAGCAAAUGCAGCAUCUGCAUAGGAUGCAUUCCAAAUCUCAGCAAUCAUCCCAAAAUUCUUUCCCAGCCAUAUCAUCUCAGUCUGAUUACAAGCAGAUAGAAAUAUCUGGAGAUUCCCAGCCAUCCGUCCCAGCUCCUGAAGCCAGAUCAUCUGGUGGUAGCCCUGGACAGUCUCUUCAUUGACAGCGCCGUUUAUUUUGUGGCCUAUCUCAUUAUUAGUUAAAACCAAUCUCAGCAUUAUAGUAAAUGUGCUGAUUGGAAGUUGGCAGUAGUGAUCAUCAGUAGAAGGAAUCUGUUUAGGUUUAUAAUAAUUUGUUUAUUUCAUUGGUUAUUCUCUGCUGUAUUUAUUUUAGGCAGAGAUGGUAUGUGAAUAGAGAGGUAGUAGGAUUGGUUCAUAAGUGAGCUAUAUUUUAUUCAUUGCUCAGCUCAUCUUUCUUUUGCUUUGCUAUCUUCUUUCAAGCCCUGGGAGGUUUAAGUUUUUUUUUUAUACUUUUUUUGGCAUA